UGUUGCAAUACAAAGAUUAGCUAUUCAACGUAUUGUUUCGCAGAUGUGGAGAGCACACUGCUGUCUGUGGCGAAAGAGCGGCGGUGGUGUAAAGGCGAGAAAGAGAGAGAUGAGGACAAAUAUGUCGGUGUGAGGACGUUUCUUUGUGUCCACGACAGCGAAACUCAUAUCGCCAGGUGUGUCUCCAUAGCCACCUACUAGCCUACUUCUCACCGUUACCACCACUGUCAAGGUAGCAAUGGCAACCAGCGCCCUGCCAAGUGACAACCUGCCAACGUACAAGCUGGUGGUGGUGGGGGAUGGUGGGGUUGGGAAGAGUGCCCUCACCAUCCAAUUUUUUCAGAAGAUCUUUGUGCCAGACUAUGAUCCUACGAUAGAGGACUCGUAUCUUAAACACACAGAGAUAGACGGACAGUGGGCAAUACUGGAUGUGCUGGACACAGCCGGCCAGGAGGAGUUCAGUGCGAUGAGGGAGCAGUAUAUGAGGACAGGAGAUGGCUUCCUUAUCGUCUUCUCUGUGACAGACAAAGCCAGCUUUGAACAUGUCGACCGAUUCCAUCAGCUCAUACUACGGGUCAAAGACAGGGAGGCCUUCCCCAUGGUGCUGGUGGCAAACAAAGUGGACUUGGUCCAUCUGAGAAAGGUCACGGCAGACCAGGGCCAAGAGAUGGCUGCAAAACAUAAUAUAACUUAUAUUGAAACCAGUGCCAAGGAUCCUCCAAUGAAUGUGGACAAAGCCUUUCACGAGCUGGUUCGUGUUAUAAGACAACAGGUGCCAGAACGAAACCAGAAGAAGAAAAAGAAGAUGAAAUGGAGAGCAGAACGUUCAGCGAGUUCCCACAGGUUCCACUGCGCCAUAUUGUGACCUCCCUCGUCCUGUCUAUCAUUCGUGAACAUACACAUACACACACCCACAUACCUUUUGGAUGUCAUUGAACACCCCAGCAGUGGUCAACUACUGGAGCACAAAGGGGGGAGGGGGGUGUUGACCAUGAAUUGCUGGAUGGAUCCAGGGGGGUGGAAGGCAAAGUGAAUCUGACUAAUGUCCCCUCACCCUUCACAAAGCCUUGGAAUGAGUGCUGUGCUCUCUCUCCUAAACGUAUGGUCCCUUUCAAAGGUCUAUAGAUCCCUCUCAUCUCUUUUCGAAACAGAACUACCGUGUCACUCAACUGUUUCUCAGUUAAGUGUCAUUUUUUAAAUGUAAGUUCAAGCGUGGCACUAGACGACAGACUCUGGGGGGGAGGAGCCAGAGAUCAGAAUCACCUUGACAUUUGGAUGGAACUUUUGUCUUCUAGCGAAAGGAAGGAAAAAGGGAGGACCCGGCUCAAAAUGGCGCCUCGUUUUUCAUCUUCCAUAAACCUGCUGGUCAUCAUCUUUUCUAUCCUCACGCUCUCACAACUUUUCUGGAAGAAAAGCACCCGUGUGGUCUAAAUUCGUCGUCUGUGCUCCCUCUUUGUUGAGUGGACAUCAUAAGGGCAUAGCGGAUGGAUGUGAGAGUGAUUUUGUUUUUGGUAUAGUGGAAAUAGAAGUUGCGUAUAGUGGAAAUAGAAGUUAGGUGGCGUUGUCAAUGAGUGAACUGCAAGUUCUGUGAGUGUAGCGUGAACUUUGUGGUGUUGGUGUUUUUGGUAAUGCUGUUUUAAAAAAAAAAAAGUCAAUUCAGAGAGGACAGAAGGACGUGUCGUAGCAUGUGCAGUGACGGGAUGCAGCGAAAAUGUGUGAUAUCGGUGGACCGGUGAGUGCUAUGGUUGCAUCUGCUUGUUGAAUACGUGUUUAAAUAGUAUAAUUGUAAAAGAGAGUAAGAUUGGUCGGUGUAUGUGGUUACACUUUAAUGUAAACAUAACAGGGUUCAUUCCAACACUGAUGUGUCAGCGGCCAUAUAUAUUAUAUAUAUAUAUUUUUUUUAAUACAAAGGAUAAUUUUUCCACCAUAAAGACACAGUAUAUCAGUGCCACUUUACAUCAAUAAUUAUGUUUUUUUUGGGUGGCCUCGUUGUCACUGUCAAUGGCAUGAUGGGUGUAGUUUUCAUCAGUACUGUAUGGACAGCAGCCCUGAUAUGUCCUUUGUCUUUGUAGUCUUAACAGAUUGUCGUCAAAAACAAGUUGCUUUCCUUGUUUUAGUAUUGAAAAACAAAAUAUAGAAAUUUACAAUUUUUUAUUUGUUAUAUUAAAAAAAAUCUAAUUACACGUGACAAUGUUAAACAAAUUCCAUGCUGUUUUACAAAAGGAUCCGUAGGAAAUAAUGAAUUAAAUAGAAUAGAUAAGGGAUAACUUCAUGCUUCAUGUUACAGAUCUGAAGCAGCCUGGAGAAGCUAAAUUUGCACUGGCCACUAACCAAAAUAAUGUGAUGUCACUUUAUUUUAAAUCUUUUCAGACCGCAGCGCUGAAUUCAGGAUAAUUAAAUCAUGCUCAGUAAAGGAGGACACUCCUUUAGUUCGGGGAUACAUACUGUAGCCGUGGGAAUACAUCCGAAUUAGCAUGCCUGUCUGAAGCAGGCAGUGGGAUGCUCCGAGGGCUUAAAGCCAUGUCAGCUUAGCUACAGACUAAGUGUAGUUGAAGGAAAACCACACACUCGAAGCAACAAGACAUUCCGUAUAUUCAUGUAUGUUGUCUUGAGGUGGAUAGGAAUGUACAAUUUAAUAACCUAUGAAAUGGCUUGUACUGUUAACGCACUAAAGCUUCGGUGGACAACUUUGUUUUGUCUGGAUAAAUACCGUCUCUUGGAGGAAUACAUUUUUGCACUUUUAAUACAGUUUCUCACUUUCCUAUUGGCAUGUUGUUUUCUGUUCAAACCUGUAAGUGAAAUGAAAGGCACGGUCAAAAACAAUUUUGAAUGUAAAAUUGGACAACAAAACAAGCACAUGGGCAAUUAGCGUUGUAGCUCUGUGUGCCUGUGUAUGCCUGUUGCCUUGGUGAUGAUUGUGAAUGAGAUCAAAUCAGUUGGAAUUGAAUCAUUCAAAAAGGUGUUGAUAGAAACGUUCCAUGUGACUUGAUUUUAAAGCUAUAGUGCGUAGUUUUAUUGUCGCCUCCAUGAGAAAUUCUAAGUAAUGACAUCAAAACUGUCGGCGCAUCCACAUGAUACAAGCCUUCUGUGAUCACGCACGCGCCCCCAUCCCUGCUCCACGCGGUUGCUAGUACCCAAGAAGUACACGAAGGAUUAAAAAAACAUCGUCAGAAGAGGUCAUUAUCUUCUAAACACAACCAUACAGGAGUACAGAGAGAGUUGUGUGGAGCUGAUAAUUAAUUAGCUUUGUAGCAGCUCAUUUGGCAACGGCUUGAAUGAAACGGAAGUCUAUUAAUAUCAUCAUAAGUUACGCACUAAAGCUUUAAAUUUAAGGAGGUUGGUUAUGAGAAAAACUAAAGCUAUUUAACGGCAUACAAGUUCACCUCAGCACGAAAGUGGAAAAGCAACCUCAGCAACAGAAGGAAAUCGGUAUUAAUCUACAUCUUCUGUUAAAGGGACUACACAAUGAGUUUCCAGAGAAGGACACACAGGAAACACUGAAGUACUGAUAAUCAAGCAAUGAUGAAGCAGCAGACUCUGGAUCUUGGGAGGGAAAAAAAGUAAAGUAAAAAAUUUAAAAAAGUGAAUGUGUUUGAUGAAAAUGUUGCAUCAUGUAUGUUUGAUACCAUUUUGUAUUAUUAAUAUGAAUUAUUGAUAUGAUUCUUGCAAAGUGUUUUUUUUUAAACUGAAUAAUUUAUUACUGUCUAUGUUACCUCAGCGUGUCCCAGACCUUGACAAAAAGCUAAACUCCCUUUUGAGCCCUCAUAUGAAGAGACUUGUGAUGUGUUGUGGACCAAGAUAAAGAAACCGAGUUUGGUCCUGCGCUGAAUAAGUGUGAGGACGUCUUCUUUACUGGAGCUCAGGUGGAUGGCCUCACACUUGAAGAACAUUUGUCGUCCAAUUUGUAACUUUAAAAUGUUUCCUUUUUUCAAUGUGAAAUUUCUUAAAAGGGAUAGUUUGACAUUUCGGGAAAUCCGCUUAUUCAUUUUUUUGAUGAAAGUUACAUUGAUACAACAUUAAGCUACAAGCAAGCAGUCAUUAUCUCAGUGUAAAGUCUGGAAGCAGCUAGUCUGGCUCGGUCUGAUUGGAAACAAAAUCAGCCAACUGGCACCUACAAAGCUCACUGAGUGUGUUGUAUGUAGUUUAUUUCAUUUAUACAAGUUACGGUUUUCAUGUGGGUUUAUAUGCUGGAUUAUUUUUUACCAUUGGACAGAGCCAGGCUAGCUGUUUCCCCGUUUCCAGUUUUUAGUGAAUAUACAUUAGGGACCGUUCGGUAUUUAGGGAAUAGACCACCAGAAGAAAAUAGGGGAUGGCCAUGUCUUUUUAGUCUUUGUUGAGGGGAGGGUCACCCAACGUUUUCUAGUCUAGGGGGGAGGGUCACCCAACUUUUGUAUUCAUGAAAACCGCACAAUUUCAAGUGGUUUAUUUGGUGCAUAUUUUCCAAUGUAGCUCUCAGUCUCGGCUGAGCCGGGUUAGCUGCAGCCUGGAGACCUCCCGUCUCAUGCCAUCUUGUCUCACACCCUCCCGGUUGGUGCCAUCUCCAAGCUUCUACUUUUCAAAAUAAAAGCUUGCGUCUGGUCUACUAUGUCUGCGGUGUUUUAGAUGAUUUUGAACUAAACAAUAAUCAUGCUAAUGAAUACAGUUUUUUUAAAGCAGAUGCCUCAGUUACAACACGAUGGAACUAGCAAAGCAGUUUUGUGUUUAAAUAUGUGUGGGAUUAAUUCAGUUUGGGAAAUCCAACGGUCUAAUUGGUAAUGCCCGGCUUACUAAACAGGGCAAUAUUACACUGGAGUGUACACUUCAGUGAUGCUUACGGACACUCCCGUGUAAUAUGGCUUAAACAGACGUCAACGUUAAACGCUAAUGCAGUUUUUAAUGUUUUAUGAUUUCAGAAACAAGGUUUUAAUCCUAAUUUUACAAAUUUCAUAUAUAUAAAAUGCAGUUUUCGAAACUAUAAAUAAAAAGAUAAGUAGCAACGGAUUAUAUUAGACAACAGUUUUGGAUAAUGUUCAGCUUCGGCAGCUUUACCUAUACGCCAAAUAAGUACAAAAGACAUUAAUACAUAGUUGGGGAGGGUCAUGCCUCUUUUCCAAAUAAUUUUGGAGGGUCAUAGAAAAAUGUAUUUCUGGCAAAGGGAAUGCCAAGUCUAUUUUGACUAAAGAUCCCAUAACUCCUCUAGGAGCCCCUUAAAUAAAAAACGAACAGUCAAAGAAAAAGCAUAUUUCCAAAAAUGUCACACAAUUCCCUUAAGCAAACUGAGCUCAUGGAUUGGCCGGUGUCUUCUAGUUGACUAUUUCACUUCUUGGUUUAAGGUCCAAAACACAGUUUGAAAUGAAAAAGUUACCUUUCUGAAAUAAAUCAUUCCCUCUGGUACAAAGAAACCUGCUGAUUUAUUGCACCAUCUUCACAUUGCAGGCAGACCAAAUACAAAUGCUGAAAGUGAAUAUAAUGUACCAAUGAUUUGACCAUGGAUUAUAUGCUGUAUGGUGCAGUAAAUCAAGCACUUUCAUGAAUUGAAGAGGUAGCAUUGUUUUUCAAAUGGACACUAAGUAUUUUUGAGUUGUAUGUGUCCUGAAACAUUGUCAGUAUGUGGCAGCAAAGGCUGUGUAACUUUAGGUCUGGAUUGCAAAAAGCAAAAUUUGGAGUUGUCACACAAGUUGUGUAAUGUGUGUUUUUGGACAGGUCUGUUGUGUUCUAACUGGCUGUGUCAGACUGAGGAGCUAGACGAGGCACAAACAAACUGGCCUUUUUUUUUUUUUUAAAUCUAGCCUCAGGGGUCGAUUAUAUUUGAAUAAAGAAAUAAAAGUAUUGUGAUUUUAAA